UUCAAGGUUACGAAUUUUGUAGUAAGGUAAAAUUGAACCCAAAUUCCCAGUUAUCGGCAGAGUGAAAACCCCUCAACUGCCACUUAUCGUCUGGUCGCCAUCCUCGCCGCUGGUCGCCAUUGCUGCUGAUUUGGUCGAUCGCGGCAGCAAUAUUCUGUUUGCAUGUCGAAUUGAAUUCAACUGAAGAAGUAGAUUGUGCCGACGCAAUGUCACAGUCAGAUAUUAGGAAGUGGUUUAUGAAGUCCCACGAAAAGGGCAAUGGCAAUUCGGCCUCAAAGCCUGCGAAAUCUGCUCAAGCUCUGCCCGAAGAGCCGGUGCAAGGAAGCCAAGAUAAUUCAGGCAGAAGAAAGACUAGCAAAUAUUUUUCUGCAGAGAAGCCGAAAGAUGAAAAGGAGAUGGUUGAGGUUCCAGUGAAAAGAAAGACUCAAACUGAUAGUCACGAGAUGGUAAAACCGUCGCCCGCAAAAAAGAUUCACAAAGUUGAUGAUGACGACGACUUCGUUUUGCCCAACACUAAGGAAAAACCAGUUGCUUCCACCCCAAGAAAGAAACUUAAGAGCGGAUCUGGAAGGGGAACUGGACAGAAACCCUUGGAUAUUGAUGAAAGUGAUGAUGGUGAUGAUGAUGAAGUAAAACAUGUAGAAACUCCUUCCAAAUCCGGUGGGAGGGGUCGUGGUGGUGGAAGAGGUGCCUCAGUGGCGCCAUCUGGUGGAAGAGGAAGAGGUGCAGGGCGUGGUGGAUUUAUGAAUUUUGGAGAAAGAAAAGAUCCUCCACACAAAGGGGAAAAGGAAGUUCCUGAAGGUGCUUCGGAUUGUUUAGCUGGUUUAACUUUUGUAAUUAGUGGUACACUUGACAGUUUGGAAAGGGAGGAAGCAGAAGACUUGAUCAAAUGCCAUGGUGGCCGUGUUACCGGAUCUGUGAGCAAGAAAACGAACUAUCUUCUUUGUGAUGAAGAUAUUGAGGGGAGAAAAUCCGAAAAAGCUAAAGAGCUUGGCACACCGUUUCUUAGUGAAGACGGGUUAUUUGAUAUGAUACGUGCAUCAAGCCGUGCUAAACCUAAACAAGAAUCAAAGAAAUCUGUGGAUGAUGCGGAUGUGCCAAUAUCAAAGAAAAGCAUGCAGAAAAUAGAACUUAAGAAUUGCACUGGCAGCGCAGCACCAAAAGAUGUAGCCAGUAAAAGUUUGGCAGCAAGGGCCUCCCUUGAUAGGAAAAAAAUCCAGACCGCUGAGCAUUCUGCUUUGACAUGGACCGAAAAAUAUAAGCCAAAGGUUACAAAUGAUAUUAUCGGAAAUCAGUCAUUGGUGAAACAGCUUCACUAUUGGUUAGCAAAUUGGCACGAGCAAUUUCUUGAUGCAGGAAGUAAGAAAAAAGGCAAAAAAGCAAAUGAUCCUGGUGUGAAAAAGGCUGUACUAUUAAGUGGAACACCUGGUAUAGGGAAAACAACGUCAGCGAAGCUGGUCAGUCAGAUGCUCGGUUUCCAGAUGAUUGAGGUAAAUGCUAGUGACAGCCGUGGGAAGGCUGAUGCCAAGAUUGAAAAAGGAAUUGGAGGAAGCAAUGCAAAUUCAAUAAAAGAACUUGUUAGCAAUGAGGCCCUGAGUGUUAACAUGGAUUGGUCAAAGCAUCCAAAAACUGUGCUCAUUAUGGAUGAGGUAGAUGGAAUGUCUGCUGGAGAUAGGGGUGGUAUUGCUGAUCUUAUUUCUAGCAUCAAAAUAUCCAAGAUUCCUAUUAUCUGCAUUUGCAAUGAUCGCUACAGUCAGAAACUGAAAAGUCUUGUGAACUACUGUUUGCUUCUCAGCUUUCGGAAGCCUACUAAGCAACAGAUGGCAAAGAGGUUAAUGCAAGUUGCAAAUUCUGAAGGUCUUCAAGUUAACGAGAUUGCUCUAGAGGAACUUGCAGAAAGAGUUAGUGGAGACAUGCGCAUGGCACUAAAUCAGUUGCAUUAUAUGAGCCUCUCAAUGUCAGUUAUAAAAUAUGAUGAUGUGCGGCAGCGCUUGCUUGCCAGUGCAAAGGAUGAAGAUAUUUCACCUUUUACAGCAGUUGAUAAGUUGUUUGGUUUUAAUGCAGGGAAGUUGAGGAUGGAUGAGAGGAUGGACCUCAGCAUGAGUGAUCUUGAUCUAGUUCCUCUUCUUAUUCAGGAAAAUUAUGUCAAUUAUAGGCCAAGUUCAGUUGGUAAAGAUGACAAUGGGAUAAGUCGUAUGAGCUUGAUUGCUCGUGCCGCUGAGUCUAUUGGGGAUGGAGACAUUUUCAAUGUACAGAUUAGAAAGUAUCGGCAAUGGCAGCUCUCUCAAAGUAGUGCCCUUUCAUCCUGUAUAAUUCCUACUGCACUGUUGCAUGGGCAAAGGCAGAUACUUGAGCAGGGGGAGAGGAAUUUUAAUAGAUUCAGUGGGUGGCUCGGAAAGAACUCAACAUUCAAUAAAAAUAUGAGACUUUUGGAGGAUUUGCAUGUCCAUCUUCUUGCUUCCCGCGAAUCGAAUUCUGGAAGGGGAACCCUGCGGAUUGAGUACCUUACUCUUCUUUUGAAACGAUUGACUGAGCCACUCCGUGUGCUGCCUAAGGAUGGAGCAGUCCGGGAAGUAGUGGAUUUCAUGAAUACUUAUUCUAUUAGUCAAGAAGAUUUCGAUACUAUUGUGGAGUUAUCCAAGUUUAAGGGGCGGCCAGAUCCUUUGGGUGGCAUUGCAUCAGCUGUUAAAGCCGCUCUGACAAGAGCGUACAAAGAAGGAAGCAAGUCUCGGAUGGUAAGAACUGCAGAUUUUGUCACUCUUCCCGGGAUUAAAAAGGCCCCUAAAAAGAGGAUUGCGGCAAUUCUAGAACCAUCUGAUGAAGGUGUUGGAGAAAACAAUGAAGAGGCCGCAGCAGAAAUUGAAGAGGAAAAUCUCUCGGAUACAGAAGACUUGGAAGAUUCUGCUGCUGGUGAGAAGCUGCAAAAGGAACUUCAAAGCUUGAACAAGAAAGGAGUCCAAGUGCACUUGGAUUUGAAGGACUCGGGAAAGUCGAGUGCAAAGAAAGCGCCAACAGGCCGAGGAAAAGGUGGUUCAAGUGCCGCAGAUAAAAAGACUACUGCACGGGGUUCAGCGACUUCUGCCAAGAGAAAGAGAUGAGAGAAAGUGACGUUGAGGAUCAGUGGUCCUAUCUUUUCAUAAUCGGUUUCGUUUGUAGGAUAUUUGGAGAGGGUUUCUUUUUUGUUCGCUUGUCCCUCAUUGGCAUGCUAGUAUUUGUUCAGAAGGGAUUGCCAUAUUGCUGUAUAUAUAGUUGUGAAGUCCUAGAUGGACAUUUUGAGUGCUUGGAAUUAUGCAAUGGAGUUCCUGGUC